GUUGCUGUGUUUGGAUGCUGUUCUUGCUUGUUGUUAACUUUAGCUAGCUAACUAAUAAUGAGAGAUAGCUAACAUAGCAUACUAAGCAACGUUAAAAAAAUGAGUAUUGGCACACAAUGCUGCAGUAGCUAACGUUACCUGUCGGUAAUAACUAACAUUAGUUACGCUAACGUUACUACUGUAGUACCUAACUAGAUAGCUUUAUCUGGCUAGCUAAAUUGGGCUACACGACUGGCUAGCUAACUAACCGUUUGGUGAUCGCCUUCGCUUGAUAUUAAAAUGAUAAGCUGCCAUAACUAGCUAGCUGACGUUACUGUAAAGUAUGUAAAGAGGAGCUAACGUUAGCUAAACAUGUUUUUAAAUACAGUGACUAGUUUAACUAGAUGGAUUGUUUUGGCAACUCAAUAACGUAGUCGACUAACCUGUUUAGCCUGCCAAGAGGAAUGUCAAUCAACCAGCUACUGAUCAGACAAAAUGUCCAUGACACUACAGUAGCUACGUGGCAUCUGACACUUUCGAGAACCUACUCAGCUCAGUUACUCUGUUGAUCAACAACAAGCUGUGCAAUGCACACACAAUAGUCCAUAAUAAUCCAUUGAGAGUGUGAAUCUGAUCUGCACUAUUUCCUGUAGUUGCAGGCUGCAGUAUUCAUAACACAUUUAUGUGACAUGCUUUCACAUGCUUAAAAUUUUCCUCGACAGUGAAGUCCAUGCUGCAGAAUCUGUAGCAUGUCUGAAUCAAGCUCUGAACAGGUUGAAGGACAUCUGGGAAGAAAUAGGCAUUCCAGAGGACCAGCGACUACAGAGGACUGAUGUAGUCAAGAAACAUAUCAAAGGCUUGCUGGACAUGAUGAUCACUGAGGAGGACAGUUUAAGGAAGAGAUUGAUGAGCAGCAUAGAGUCCUGUCGCAAAGAGCUGGACGUUCUGUGCACUGAGCUUCAACUAUCCCCCUUUGAGGAGGACGAGGGGAGGACGAUGCUGCAGCUGGAGAAGGACAUUCGGUCACGGCUGGAGGUGAUGAUGAAACAGAAGAGUCAGAGAGUUAAGGAGCUGAAGACUCUGUACAAGCAGGACCGGGAGCUGUGUGACAUCAUGUGUUCAGUUCCCUUCUGUAUCGACAUGGACACUGUCCCUUCCCUGGAGCAGCUGGACCGCUACCACUCCUACCUGAACGAUCUUACUAAAGAGAAGGAUCGUCGCCACGGUGAGUUUGUGGGUAUCAAGCGUCAGAUCAUUGUGUGUAUGGAGGAGCUGGACCAGUUGCCAGACACCAGCUUUGAGAGGGACGUGGUGUGUGAGGACGACGAGGCCUUCUGUCUGUCCAGCGACAACAUCACAGCUCUCCAACUGCUGCUGGGACAGCUGGAGGAUCGCAAGACGGAGAACGAGCUAGUGUGUAGCUCCUACCGCACUAAGAUCCAGGAGCUGUGGGAGAGGCUGCAGGUGCCCCAGGAGGAACGAGAUGGCAUGUCAGAACACAUGGUCAAGUCCAGGAAGAAGAACAUGGAUGCUUUACAAGCUGAGUGCCAUCGUCUGGAGCAGCUGAAGAUCAAGAACAUGAGGAAUGAGAUAGAAGACAUCAGGGCUGAGGUGGCUCUGUUCUGGGAGAGGUGUUACUACAGCCUGGAGCAGAGACAAGCCUUCACGCCCUACUAUGGUGAUGACUACACCGAGGAGAUGCUGAACCUACACCAGGAGGAGCUCCUGAGUCUGAAGAAGCACUACGAGAACCACAGGGAGCUGUUUGAAGGAGUAACCAGGUGGCAAGAAAGCUGGACUCUGUUCCUACAACUGGAGAAAAAGGCGACGGAUCCUUCUAGAUUUAACAACCGAGGAGGGAACCUUCUUAAAGAGGAGAAGCAGAGGGCUGACCUGCAGAAAAGCCUGCCAAAGUUGGAGAAGAGCCUGAAGACCCAGAUAGACCUAUGGGAGGAGGAGCAGUACAGAGAGUUCCUGGUUAACGGACAGCGGUUCCUCCAGUACGUUGAGGAGCAGUGGGAACUACUGCGGCUGGAGAAGGAGAGAGAGAAGAAUGAGAGACAACUGAAGAAGAACCAGCAGAUCGAACAAGACAUGCUAUAUGGUACUGCUCAACGAACCCCCUCCAAAAGACGCCUUGCAGAGACGCCUACGCCCGGCAAAGCAAGAAAGCUGAAUGCCACUAGCAGUAUCUCCAGUUCUACUCCUAACAGCACCUUACGCUCUGCCUUCGGAGGAACCAUGUGCCAGUCGCCAGUCCUCAGACCACCUAUGUCUGCCAGCAGGAUUCCUCUGAGGACCCCUGGUCGUGUUGGAAGAACCCCCCGCACAGUGGAACGCAACAAGGAGAACAUGUCCCGCCUGAACGGCACGGUUCUGAGCGGUGUGUUAAGAACCCCUGCCUCGCGCUGUAACAUCACCGUUAACUCUGUGGCCAGCACCUAUUCGGAAUUUUCGAAGGAUUUUGUCAACAUUGAAUCCACUGCCAUUACCAGCGAGAUCUCUCAAAAGCUUCCAAAUCUAACGUCAAGACAGGACAUCUGAACUCGACUGGCACUCGUCUCUGAGCUGAAGGAUCAGACGGAACCACACCUGUCCUUGAAUCAUCGGAGUUUCACGGUUUCUGUCCGGGUCCAUUUAGUUCUGCAUGUCCAGAUGAAGGAAAUCUUAACACCUACUGAAUGUAACUGCAAUGAUAUCAGAACAGAAACUUGCACUUCUCUCUGAGUCUCUCAGCUCAAAUGUUCUUCUAGCUCUGCUGAGGUUUCACUUGUUGUCAUUUCUGAGGGCUCUGAAUUACUGCCGAAAUCCUGACUCCUCCAUCUCUCUGAGGGCUCUGAAUUACUGCCGAAAUCCUGACUCCUCCAUCUCUCUGAGGGCUCUGAACUACUGCUGUGAUCCUGACUCCUCCAUCUCUCUGAGGGCUCUGAACUACUGCUGUGAUCCUGACUCCUCCAUCUCUCUGAGGGCUCUGAACUACUGCUGUGAUCCUGACUCCUCCAUCUCUCUGAGGGCUCUGAACUACUGCUGUGAUCCUGACUCCUCCAUCUCUCUGAGGGCUCUGAACUACUGCUGUGAUCCUGACUCCUCCAUCUCUCUGAGGGCUCUGAACUACUGCUGUGAUCCUGACUCCUCCAUCUCUCUGAGGGCUCUGAACUACUGCUGUGAUCCUGACUCCUCCAUCUCUCUGAGGGCUCUGAACUACUGCUGUGAUCCUGACUCCUCCAUCUCUCUGAGGGCUCUGAACUACUGCUGUGAUCCUGACUCCUCCAUCUCUCUGAGGGCUCUGAACUACUGCCGAAAUCCUCCAUCUCUCUGAGGGCUCUGAACUGGACUUUCUGGUCUUCCAGUUUUAUCACUGUUUAUUGUCUGUGUCCCAUUUCUACAUGGAGAUGUCAACACCUACUGAAUGUACUGAACUCUAAAAUACUCUACUCAUUUGUCAGAAGAUUUGAAUUAUAUUCUUCUCGAUUUUUAAGCUUCUCUGAUCUAUGAGCUGAAUGAAAUGUUGGGAGGACUUGCUAGACCUAUGGAAAAACAGUUUUCAUUAAACUUUUAACAUCCUCUCUAUAACACUCAAAUGAUAAAUUAUCCAUGUUGGUACUAGAGUACAUUUUUGUACUUCAUAUUCUUAUGGGGGCUUGUAGCAAAUUAUGAUCAUUCUGCCAUAUAAACAUUGGCUUUACACUACAGUUAAACAAUGAUAUUUUCAGUCACCUUUUCCAUUUUUUGGGGGGAGGGUACCAAUACAUAGUCAAAAAGCAAAGGCAUACUCCUUGACUGUUGGUGAUUUGCAAACCGUAAUUAAAUGUUUCCAAAUGA